AUGACGGCAAAGCCGUCCUUUCGAUGGGCAAAUGUUUUCAUCCUGGGUCGCCGCGAGGGUGUCUUGCGCGAGACAGCGUCCCUCAGCACCAAGAGCUCGAUCAUCCCCGUCACGGCGGAUAUUUCGUCCAAGGAAUCCCUCCAGGCAGCCGAAGACACGAUCGCAGCGCAAGCAGGGCACGCCCCAAGCCUUUCGGAGGUUCGCGACCACCUUUGGUCUUUCCCGAUGGAAGAGUUCUCCAGGGUCAUGGACAUCAAUGUCCCGGGGACUUACUUUACCGUCCUGGCCUUUCUGCCCUUGCUCGAGGCAGCAAACCAGAGGAGACCGGCCCCCGUGCAGAACCAGCCUUCCGCACCAACGGCUCAGAAGGCGCCCACCAACCACCUGAUCAAGCUGCUGUCCACGACGUUUACGCCGUACCACCUCCGCGUGAACGGCCUUGCUCCGGGCCUGUACUUUUCGGAGAUGACCAGUGGGAGUUUCGGGGACAGUGACUCGGGAGUUUCAGAUGGAUCAUUCCCCCCCGAGAUGGUGCCCCUCACGCGAGCCGGCAGUGAGCAAGAGAUUGCAGGUAUUAUUCUCUGGAUGGCCAGCCCAUCCGGUGGGUUGCACAGUGGCAAUAUCACCGUGGCUGACGGCGGUCGACUGAGCACGUUGCCCUGCACCUAUUAA